AUGGAACUAGACAAUAUCUCUGGGCCCUACCCGCCGGCCGCAAGUCUACUUCAACUCUUCGAUGAACGACCUGUCCCUGUUCUUCCACCGAAAAUCAUCGAAAAGAUAUCCUUCAAAGAUGCCGAUCCAUUAGACCAAGCCACGGCCGUUAUCAAAGCAUUCCACGAUGCUUUGAGAGAUAAUGACAUCCAAGCUCUUAAGGACUGCUUCUUCGCGGAUCAAGCGUACUGGAAGGAUGCAUUGGCAUUUACCUAUCAUUUGCGAACCUUUUACACUCCUCCAGUCAUAGCCGCCAAUUUGUUAGAAACUAACAAGAUGAGAGGACCAUCUAUGAGAUGGAACAUGGAAGGCGCGGUUUUUAUCGCUGCGACACCGGUACUGCAAUUCAUUGACGUCGCGUUGUCGUUCAGAACAUUGUCACCCGCAGCUUCAUGCAGUGCAAGGAUCGUACUCCUCCCGGUUGAAGGCAGUGAGGGCAGCCUAGAGUGGAAGAUCUGGAUCCUGAGCACCAAACUCGAGAACCUGGACGUCCGUCCAGAAAAUGAAUCUCUGCUUCAAUCACCCGGUCGCAAUAUUAGCGGUAUGACAGAUAUUGAUACAGAUGUCUUGAUUAUCGGCGGCGGCAACGCCGCUGCAGCCCUCGCCGCUCGGCUCAAGGCCUAUGGUGUAGAGAGCAUCAUGGCUGAACGAAAUGCCCGUGUUGGCGAUAACUGGGCUAAGCGCUAUGACUGCAUGAAGUUCCACGUGCCAACCUCAUUCUGCGACAUGCCGUACAUGAGCUACCCCGAAGAACUCUGGGGCCUUCAUCGUCUGAGUAAGGAUGAACUGGCAAAUCACCUGUCACAAUAUGUCGCGUCAUUCAACCUCAACGUCAUUACGUCGGCAACAAUUCGGUCGACGGUCUACGAUACGACAAGUGCGAAAUGGAAGAUUGAACUACAAACUCCUGCUGGAGGGGUUGUAGUGACUGCUAAACAACUAGUCCAAGCAACGGGUGUAUCCUCGCAAAAGCCGUACGUUCCGAACAUUGCAAAUGCUGAGGUCUACAAAGGGAUCAAUAUCCACUCGUCGGAUUACAAGAAUGGAAGAGAAUUGGCCGAACAAGGCGUCAAGGUUAGAUCAGCGAACACGGCUUUCGACAUCCUCGGUGACUGUCAUGCAGCCGGCCUCGACCCAACAAUGGUCGUGCGAUCGCCAACAUACAUCUGCCCAUUUGAGUAUAUCUGCAACGACGUCAGUCUAGGCGCGUACAAUUUUGACGUGGCACGCGGCGACAGAAUGUUUCUCAUGCUUCCAUCCGCAGUGGAAGGUCAACUUGCGCGAAACCUCUUCAGAGUGCUCGCGUACCAAGAGCCAGAUCGCUAUAGUGCUCUCAAAGAAGCUGGGUUUCCUGUACUCGACAGUGCAGACCCUAAUCAAGCACUCUUCUCUAAUUUGAUUGAGAGAGCUGGUGGACACUACGUUGACGUCGGCGGAACAGAUAUUAUAGCCCAGGGCAAAGUCAGCGUCAAGGCAGGAGUUGAACCAACCGCGUUUACUGAGACCGGUCUUCAGUUCUCAGAUGGAAGUUCGGCGGCCGCGGAUGCCGUGAUUUGGUGUACCGGUUUCGCGGAUCGGGAUGUUCGAGAUGUUGCCGCUGAGAUCCUGGGAGGCGAAAGUCAGACUACCAGUGAUGGAAAUAUUCUGGGACCUUGUGAGAUUGCAGAUCGUCUCGAUGCAACAUGGGGCAUUGAUUCAGAAGGUGAAAUACGAGGAAUGUGGAAGAGACACCUGAAAAUGGAGAAUUAUUGGGUCAUGGGGGGUUAUACGCAGCAGCAUCGGUGGCACUCGCGGACGUUGGCUUUGCAGAUCAAGGCUGCGUUGGAGGGGAUCCUUCCUCCGGCUUAUCGGGAGACUCUAGGGAGAGAUUAG